AUGAAGCUCCUCACCAGUUUGCUCUACGGAGCACUAUUUGCUGCCGAGGUGACUGGCAAGAAAUUGACUGCCAGCCAGGUUGAGGGGGACAUUAAGAAGUCCAAGCUCAAGCAAACCCUCUCCGACUUGAACAAAAUCGGUGUCGCAAACGGUGGCAACCGAGCCUUUGGUCUCCCUGGCUACAAGGCUUCCCUCGACUACAUCCUAAGCAUCGUCGAGGGCAAGUACGGAAAAUACUUGGACACCUACGUUCAGCCAUUCAACCACACCUUCGAGCAGACCCGCGACAUCUGGGUCCGCGGACCAGACGGCGAGGAUGAAUAUGUCAUCACUCUGAUUUACAACAGCGCGACCCCCACUCCGGAUGGUGUCACUGCAGAGCUUAUCCCCGUUCCUGUCGAUCUGGAGCGUGGAUCCGGAUGCUUCGAGGACCAGUGGGACGGAAUUGAUGCCACUGGGAAGAUCGCACUCGUGAUGCGCGGCUCCUGCGCCAUCUCUGAUAAGCUCAAGCUGGCUAAGGCUCAUGGAGCGCUGGCCGUCAUCCUCAUCAACCAGACUCCUGGUGACAACAUCGGCAGUGCCACUCUCGGUGCUGAGAACCUUGGCCUGCUUGUGCCAGUUGGUGUCAUUCGAUACGCCGUGGGUACUGGGUGGCUAGAGCGUUUGGCUGCAGGAGAGACCCUCGAGGCUACCCUGUUGGUUGAUUCCAUCAAUGAGAUAAGAGAAUCCUGGAACAUUAUUUCGGAGACAAAGGAGGGUGAUCCCAACAAUGUCGUCAUGCUGGGAGCUCACCUUGACAGUGUGCAAGCGGGCCCGGGUAUCAACGACGAUGGCAGCGGAACUGCAGCUAUCCUUGAGGUUGCCAAGUCCUUUUCCAAGUACAAGGGAUACACCAACAAAGUCCGUUUCGCUUGGUGGGGAGCUGAAGAGAGCGGCUUGAUUGGUUCCCUUUACUACGGCUCUCAGUUGACCUCAGGGGAGGCUGACAAGAUCCGGUUUUACUUCAACUACGAUAUGAUCGGCUCUCCUUACCCCACUUACAGUGUGUAUGCCAACAACGAUGGUGACAAAGUUGGCGGAGACAUUAUCCUCAAGUGGCUCCAGAAGAAGGGCAAGGAUGCGCAGUACGGCGAGUUCGGAUCGUCUUCCGACUACGUUGCCUUCCUUGAGCUCGGUAUCCCGUCAUCUGGCAUCUUCACUGGCGCAGACUCCGAGACCGACCCUUGCUAUCACCUCGCGUGCGACACUACUGACAACAUCAACUGGUCUGCAUUGACGCUCAACGCCAAGACUGCCGGCCGAGCAGCGGCUCAGUUUGCUCUGAGUCUGGAGGGUGUCCCUCCGAGAGCUCAAACCUCAACCAACCCGAAGAGCAAGCGAUCUUUGGCCUUGAGCUUUGAGAAGUGGGAGGCUAAGGUCAAGGUUGUCGGAAAGCAGCACAGCUGUGCUGCGAGCGGAAAGGUUGUUGUUUAA